AUGAGGAUGUUCACCCAGAGGAGCGCCGUGGGUGAGAAGACGCCGUGGACGCAGCGCAAGGCUGUAGGCAGCAGCAGCAGUAGUGGCAGUCACGCCGACGGAUCCGGAAAGAGCACCUCGCAAGGCCGACGACAGCACUCCUCUCAACAAAGCUCGUACGAGAGCCAAGAGCUCUUCCACAGCAGCAAUUCUCACCAGGAGGUGUCUGAUGCACUGGAUGAAGCGCAGGACCAUGGCGAAGUCAUGUACUCGCGCUUCCUAUCCCAGCAUCACGAGCCUGAAACCGAGACUGCAUCCUCCUUCUCAGACGACCCGGCCUUUUCAGACGACGAGUACCCAGAUGCGCUCGAUACCUGGGAACAAGUCUCGCAGUCUCUCUCACCCGCCUACAACUUCCCUGGCACAUGGACAGCCGCGCUGCACGACACCACAGCGGCGCUCUCGCAGGUGCGGAACGCCACAUCGUCAUAUGCGCAAGCGCUGUGCACGUCUGGACUCGGCAGGGCGACGUUGAGCAUUGGCGCCGCAGCCCUGCACUCGACCAACAACUACGCGCUCUCGCUGGCCGAAUGGUCCUUGUCCAAAACAGGUCUUGUGCCCAACGAGUUGCCCGCCCCGGUACGCGCGUGGGUUGCGCGCAGACAGGAGGGCGAUAGGAGGAGGCGGGAGGCGAGGAUCCGCAGGCACAACUUGAGGCAUUUCCAGGAGGCGAGCAAUGGCCUGUUUAUCGAGGGUAGUUCGAGAUUUGUGAUUGAUUUGCAUGACACGGAUGCGAGCGGUGAGUUUUUGGAUAGCGUGCCUAUGACGUUGGAGAGGAGGGAAGAGGUCGAGUCUGGGGACGUGGAGUACGAGGAUCCUUUUGAGUUGGGAGACGAAGACGACGAAGACGACGGUGAAGACGAUGAAGAGAGCGAAGAAGAAAGCGUGGAAGAUAGUGUCAAAAGUGUGGAUGACGAGGCAAGCGAUGGGGAAAAACAGAAUGACGGACUGGUCCGACUAUUCGAGUUUGAUGAUUAA